CGAUUUGACCCCGCCGCCCAGGAAAGACUCUUUUUUUUCACAAUUUUAUCACAGUUCUUUUUAUCUAUACAUCGAAAAGGCAAAGCUCUGUCUGCGCCUGAACCAUGGAUGACAACAACGUUCCCAAUGUAAAAGAGAUCUAUGGCACAGUCGCUAAAAAUUACGCUAAAUUCAGGCCACGCUAUCCCCCUCAGCUGUUCUCCUUCCUUUCUUCCCUCACUCCACAUCAUGAUCUGGCCUGGGAUGUGGGCACAGGCACUGGCCAAGCCGCCGUUGAGUUAUCAAAGUACUAUGCCAGAGUGGUGGGCACAGACACCAGUGAGGGGCAGAUUCAACACGCAGAGCGCCGCCCCAACAUAACCUACGCCGUCACGCCGCCAUCAAUGACUAACGAACAACUGGACUCAAUCGUCGGCCCCGAAUCUUCGGUGGACAUCGUGACCGUCGCCACAGCCAUCCACUGGUUUGACUUGGAUGAAUUUUACGGGCAGGUAAAGCGCGUGUUGAAGAAGCCCGACGGCGUGAUUGCGGUGUGGACGUACACGAAUAGCAGCGUAGAUCCGGCAAUGGACGCCGUUUUUGAGCGGUUUUUUCAGAAAGCUUUACUAUUUUCUCAUCCGGGUGUGAAACUGGCGGUGGACAAGUAUGAGACUAUGCCGUUUCCUUUCACACCAGUAGAGACAAUAAAACUGGAGAUUGAAGAGCAGAGGACGUUUGAUGAGUAUAUGGGACUUUUUAAAACGUCGUCUGCUUUGGUGGGCAGGGAAGAAAUCUUGGAGGAGUUUAUACCAGAAUUUAAGGCGGCGUGGGGAGCUCCGCUCCAUGUGACCAGGACUGUAAAGCAUCCGCUCUGCUUCAAGGUUGGGAAGGUUUGAAACAAAGCAACCAUUCUGUUAGUGGACGGUGGAUGAUUCACAGGUGUCCUGGGAACUUUCUGGUGCCGUUCAUUUUAAUAUGUUUUUAAGUGUCUUAUUACAUGUUAAUGCUAUUGUUUAGUGAAAUAUCUUAGGCUACUAUCAGGCUUUAAAUAUGACGGUGACGGUGACGGUGAGAUGGCUGUCUGUGAGACUUUUUACUCAAAUCAUAAUAAAAGGGAGUGAUGUUUCUUUU